AUGUCUCCAAGUUACACGGCAUCUCCCAUGUCUCCAAGUUACACGGCAUCUCCCAUGUCUCCAAGUUACACGGCAUCUCCCAUGUCUCCAAGUUACACGGCAUCUCCCAUGUCUCCAAGUUACACGGCAUCUCCCAUGUCUCCAAGUUACAAGGCAUCUCCCAUGUCUCCAAGUUACACGGCAUCUCCCAUGUCUCCAAGUUACACGGCAUCUCCCAUGUCUCCAAGUUACAAGGCAUCUCCCAUGUCUCCAAGUUACACGGCAUCUCCCAUGUCUCCAAGUUACACGGCAUCUCCCAUGUCUCCAAGUUACACGGCAUCUCCCAUGUCUCCAAGUUACACGGCAUCUCCCAUGUCUCCAAGUUACACGGCAUCUCCCAUGUCUCCAAGUUACAAGGCAUCUCCCAUGUCUCCAAGUUACACGGCAUCUCCCAUGUCUCCAAGUUACAAGGCAUCUCCCAUGUCUCCAAGUUACACGGCAUCUCCCAUGUCUCCAAGUUACACGGCAUCUCCCAUGUCUCCAAGUUACACGGCAUCUCCCAUGUCUCCAAGUUACACGGCAUCUCCCAUGUCUCCAAGUUACAAGGCAUCUCCCAAGUCUCCUAGUUACACGGCAUCUCCCAUGUCUCCAAGUUACACGGCAUCUCCCAUGUCUCCAAGUUACACGGCAUCUCCCAUGUCUCCAAGUUACACGGCAUCUCCCAUGUCUCCAAGUUACAAGGCAUCUCCCAAGUCUCCGCCUAAUGCUGGAGAUGAAGUCUCUGAUCUGCGCCUCACCAAUCAUCUUUGUCUUCACCACAAAAGCGAGACUUGGGUGGAAGAUGGAAAAGUGGAUCACAAGAUGGGUGGAGAACAUUGA